CGGGGAAAAGCGGGCCUCGCCGCGGGAGGAGCCGCCGGUGCCGGCAACAUGGCAGCGUCCAGCCGCGCUCAGGUGCUGCGGUUGUACAGGGCCCUGCUGCGGGAGAGCCAGCGCUUCAGCGGCUACAACUACAGCUGCCCUUUAAGUACUGGAAAGCUGUGAUGAGAUCCCAGCCGAGCCUCCUCUUAUCCAGAACGUAUGCCAUCAGAAGGAUAAGAGAUGCCUUCAGAGAAAACAAGAAUAUAAAUGAUUCUGAAAAAAUAGAAGAACUAGUAAAUAAAGCCAAAGCAAACCUAGAGGUUAUUCAUCGGCAGGACAGUUUCAGUCCAAAGGGCAGUAAAAACCGCUAUGAAGAGCAUUGCUGGUUUUAUGGCCGUACAGGAUUCACAAUCUGGUAGUUGGAUGCCAUUAUAAAAGAAGGUUACUAUUGGCCAACUGUAUUCCACGGAGAAAUUGGUUAUUGAGAGUCCAGGAAACACAUAGCUAUGAGAAGACUCUGAUCCUGAAGCAACACUGGACCAUCUUCAGCAUCCUACAGUGCCACAUACAGAUGCAUAAACUCACUGCACAUGUCUGAGCUUUUCUGUUCAGCAAAAGAAAUGCCUGAGAGACUCAGGUUUUGGCAACCAAAGUACUAUUUUCUAAUGUCUAAAAUAUAUUGCUGUGAUUUAUAAUAUCAUAUAAGGUAGUCUUGAAACCUGUUUGCUUGUAUGUCCUGUGUGAUGAAGUAGUUUCUGCCCUACUUUGACAAUAAAACUUCAUGAUGCUACCUGUAACCAGA